UCAACCACCCUCCCAUAAAAUCACCCGUCAGGCUUUUACUUACCUACUAUCCCGACGAUGUGUACACGGAUAUUGCAUUAGUAUGAAACUUAACGUUCUUGGUGACGGACAUACUGUUGAAUAGCAGGUACAUCAAACAUUUGAUUGACGCCUGCGUACAACAGCUUCCAACUCGUAGACUUGACAAGUCGUACAUACGUGCUGGAAUAAUGUAGAGUUUUCUUCCCGGUCUAACGAUGUACGGCCACAGUUUCGGGUGGUUCGGAUACUCGCUGGUCAGCAUCGCAGCUGUGGUUGGAGCCUUCUCAGGGGCAAUUGUCUUCGCAAUGUGCUUGAAACGCCGGAAUUUCCCUGGAAAUAGGCCGCUCAAUUGGUUCGAGAAGGAUCUGUUGGACCGCGCUAAAGAGGCCACUACAUCCAAACAGAACUUUAUUGAGCUGGGCAAUGUCGCAAGUGCUGCAGCUGGCAAUUCCGCUGGUCUGCCGGACUUUGGGGACAGCCUUUGCGAGGAAUUAGAGUGGACUAGACGCGAUCCGCCGUAUGAUACUAGUAUUUUGGACUCGCGCGAAGUAAUUCAAAGACUGUCCGAAGGAGAUGAUGAACCCAGAAGUCCAGUGAGUCCAAUAGCACCUCCAUUACCAGGUGGUGCACUAGUAGCUAGUGAUGAGCGGAUGGUAAUUGUCAGACCACAGCCAAGAUCUUCCCAUGGCUCGCGAUUAAGUAGUGACAGUGAUUCUGUUUUUCACAAACAAUCUUCCUGGUCAUCAUCAUCUUCACUGGAUGAAGUUGGAGGCGACCUACUAUUAAGCUUGACGUUUGAUUCAACAGCCGGUGUUUUAACAGUGAAACUUAUUGAGGCACACGAUCUACGAGCCAGGGAAUUAAGCGGAAACGCAGAUCCGUACGCAAAGAUACGUUUGUUGCCAGACCGAAGCAAUACGUGGCAGACAAAAGUUCACAGGUGUACCUUGAACCCUGUGUUUGAUGAAGAGUUCACCUUUGAAGUUUCUUCUUUAAAUGGGACAACUCUUGAAGUACUUUUGUAUGACUUUGACCCAGCAUCCAAGCAUCGCGCACUUGGUUACGUGCGUUUACCAUUGCCACUUAAUAAUGGCGAGUUCCUGGGUUUAAAACCAGUUGAAGUAACUAGACCAAUACACAGGUACGGCGCAGAAGGUAGUGUUUAUCGAUCUGAUCCACUUGGCGAGCUUAUGGUAUCUCUCUGCUAUGAUGCUAAUGCUAACAAAUUAACGGUAAUCGUCAUACGGGCAAUUAAUCUCUCAAUUACUGAGGAUUCUGGUAAUCAGAAUUAUGAUACUUAUGUAAAGGUAACAAUAUUCAAAGACGGAAAAAGCUUAAAGAAAAAACGUACAGUAAUCUGCCGUGAUCCAAGCCCAGUAUGGAACGAUGUCUUAAACUUCGAUCUCGGUAGCGAUAUCCUAUCAAGUUGUAUUUUAGAAUUCACAAUUGUAAGAACAAGCGGCGAGCUACUAGCUCGAUGUGAAGUAUCUAAAAAAUGUCAAAGAGAAUUUUUCCACCGAGUUUUAUCAGGUAAAGGUGCUUCUGUUCAAAAGGUCCCACUUACUGGUCCCGAUAAACGUACAGAUUCUUCAUAAAUUUAAUUUAAAACUAUAAAUCCUAAGCAAAGAGAUACCAAAACAAUAUAUAAUAUAUAAUUAAUAAAAAAUAAAAUAAUAAAUAUAUGUAUAUGGUAUAAGUAUAAAUAUGUGGAUGGACUAAUUAUAAUUUAUAUCAAGUAAAUUAAGGUGUACAGUUGAUGAGCACACUUCAGAGACCUGCUUUAUACUUUUCUUCAAAUAAUUAUCAUUUUUAUUAUUAUUAUUUUAUAAAAUAGCUCCCGGCGGGCCAAUGAGUAGAGUAUUUUAUUGUUAGCUAUAUAAAUAUAUCUAUAUCAAUAUUUGUCUUUAUCUUUAGACGUGUGAGUAAAAAUAUU